GGCUAACCUCCCAGAUGCCUUGAUCAAAUAAGUUGAACCUCUACGUACUGUUUGGCCUAGGAAUUUCAAGAGUUACCGUCGAAAAUUAUUACAUGUGUUAUGGCACCGGAUAGUGCUAUUCGAGCUCCGAUGCUUUUAAAUCCUAACCCUUGAGUGGCUCGGGGCAACAAAUUGCUUUUGUUGGAAGGUGACCUAAUAAUUCUUCGUCAAUGUGUAGAACCUUAUGGAUGGGAAUUAAUGUCAAGAAUGAGUAUCAAUGCAUUUAAGUCGUCCAGAUUUCUCUUUUUUUUGGAUAAAAAUUUAUUGGAGACCGGGAACCAGCCCCCGCAUAAAAGGCAUGAUAUGUCAACAUUCACUAUUCUCAGUGAACUGUCCAAGAGGCUUUUCUUCCCAAGUCCGAGAAUGGAAAAUAUCACAGCACUCUCCAACAAAAUCAUCGUACUCUGGCUUCACACACACACACACAACGGUCUCAUCCCUCUUCUUACCCCAAGCAGACUCCUUCCAUGUCCACUUCUUCUUCAUUUUCCUCGAAGAAGAUGGUCACCCUCAAGAGCAAGGAAGGUGAAACCUUUGAGAUCGAUGAGGCGGCCGCGUUCCUGUCCAUGACCAUCAAGCGCAUGGUCAAGGAAGGCCGCACUGGAGGGGCCACCAUCUGCCUGCCCGACAUAACGGCCAACACCGUCCGUAAGGUAAUCGAGUACUGCAACAAGCAAGCCAAAGCCGAAGGAUCAUCUACGGGUCCGGUGCAAGCAGUGUCCGCUCGUGGGACGCAAACCUCGUCAAGGUUGACAAGCUCACCAUCUUCGAACUCAUCCGGGUCAGCUGCAGCAGAUUUCCUAGGAAUGAAGAGUCUGAUGGAUCUGUGCUGUCAAGCUGUGGCCAACAUGAUCAAAGGCAAGAGUCCCCAGGAGUUUUGCUCUGGCAAUUUUCACAUCGGAACAACCUCGAACCCCGGGAAAGAUCAGAAGGAGAACUGAGGAGACAAUCACCAGCCCUUCGACUGAGAGCAAGAAGUUUAAUUAUAAUUAGUCCUUAUGUAUGUUGUGUUUCCCUUUCAUAAUGAACCGGGCGGCAGAGAGGCUUUAUAAUGGGAACAUUUAAAUUUGGUUGGCUAUGAAAUUCUCUUGUUUACUUAUUUUCAACCUUAUUGAGAAUAUAUAUGUGUACACAUUAAUUCUCCUGUAGCAGAUAUAUGCGGAAGGUGAUUUUAUUUUAUUUUAUUUUUCCGAUUACAAGAGGUGAUUUUAUUAAUGAGGUGAAGUCUUGUCUCUUGGUGUCGAUCGAGUAACAGUCACGUCUAAUCAACGGAUAAGUAAACCGACCCCAAAUUGCUCGCAACGGUUCUGCAUGA